UCCAGAACCAAACAUACUCAUUGCGGUGCUCUCGCUUCUUCAAACAGUUUGUGCAAAUCUUUCUCUCUCUCUCUCUUUCUCUCUCUCUCUCUUAUGACUGUAACACCCAGCUCACUAUCACUCAGAGCUCUGAAAUGAAGAGACUCAAUUGCUGGACUGACCCAACCCAUUUCACAACUUCCCCUUCCUCCUCUCCUGCCUUCACUACUUCACUUUCUCUCUCUUUCUCACCCGACUCCAUUAAACCAAAAUCCUGUUUCCUUCCGCUUUUUCUCUCCUCCAUUCCCAUUAGCCCCAAGCUCUCGCUCUAUCUUCCCAAAGCAAAGCCUGAUGAUUACACACCUGUAAUCGAAUAUGGAGAAGGAGAAGAGGAGGAUGAUGAUUAUGAAGACUAUUCAUUUGAAAACAGUAGGGUGGGGAGACAUGGUGAAGAAAAGGAUUACGAUCGAGACCCUGAGAUCAAAGAGAUUCUAACGGGCUUUAUUGAUGACCCCGAAAACUCAAAGAAGCAACUGGAGGAGAGAAUAAAGAACAAAAGGAACAAAAUUUUGCAGACCAAGGCUGGUUCUGCAGUUCCAAUGAAGGUUAUCUUUAACAAAUUUGGUUUCUCCAACUCAUACAUAUGGUUUGAAUUCCAUCGCCCCCCAUUGAACAAUGAUGUUACUCUACUUUGUGAUGCAAUUCGUGCAUGGCACAUUAUCGGGCGUCUUGGAGGAUGCAAUUCUAUGAAUAUGCAGUUGUCUCAAUCAGCAUCAGAUAGAAGACUAUCUUAUGAUGCUACUCAGGGAGCAAAUGUGACACCAACGACAUUUUAUAAUAUUGGGGAUCUAGAGAUCCAACACAAUCUAGCACGCAUAUGGGUGGAUAUCGGCACGAGCGAGCCAUUGCUGCUUGACAUGCUCAUAAAUGCUCUUUCCCAUAUCAGCUCUGAUUAUGUAGGAAUCAAACAAGUAGUUUUUGGUGGGUCAGAAUUUGAGGACUGGAAGGAAGGAAUGACAUCAGAUGAAGCUGAAUAUAGCAUGCACAAGAUCUGAAUGGCAGCUGGCAUAUAGAAGGCCAUGUCUUCUGACAAGCUAUCAUCCCAUUUCUCGAAUCUACCAUUCACAGAAGCCAUGGUGUUUCUUAUCAUCUUGUGCUCUAUGCUCUUGAAGUCCUAAUUUAGUGUGUCUUAUACAGCUAUAUAUUACUUGCCAUUUUUGCAACAUUGAUAUGUUUAUUUCCUGUUAUUAUGUAGUUAAUCUAUGCUGCAAGAAGAAAAGGAAUUUAUAAUAUGCAGUGCUGGAUUUUGGGUUUGAGGAACUUGCGAAGCAUUUGUUCUCCUGGAUUUAAUCUGCAUCGUCCAUCAGAUUCAAGGCAUUUUGUAUCUUUGUAUUAAGUUUUGUUCUCAUGAGCUCAAGUAAAUUAUCACCUUGUGUACCUCUGAACUAUAUUCCACUUGAAUUUAGUUAUAUUUUCUUGA